AUGCAAAUUUUCGUGAAAACGCUCACUGGCAAAACCAUCACGUUGGAAGUGGAGGCUUCUGACACCAUCGAGAAUGUCAAGGCCAAGAUCCAGGACAAGGAGGGCAUUCCACCAGAUCAGCAACGGCUUAUUUUUGCCGGCAAACAAUUGGAGGAUGGUCGCACUCUUUCCGACUACAACAUCCAAAAGGAAUCAACUCUUCACCUUGUGCUCCGUCUCCGAGGUGGCAUGCAAAUCUUCGUCAAGACGUUGACUGGCAAGACGAUCACGCUGGAAGUUGAGGCCUCGGAUACCAUCGACAACGUCAAGGCAAAGAUUCAAGAUAAGGAGGGAAUUCCACCAGACCAACAACGAUUGAUCUUUGCAGGCAAGCAAUUGGAGGAUGGUCGCACUCUUUCCGACUACAACAUCCAGAAAGAGUCGACUCUUCAUCUUGUGCUCCGUCUUCGAGGUGGCAUGCAAAUUUUCGUCAAGACGUUGACUGGCAAAACGAUCACGUUGGAGGUGGAAGCUUCAGACACUAUCGAGAAUGUCAAGGCCAAGAUUCAAGACAAAGAAGGAAUUCCACCAGAUCAGCAACGAUUGAUCUUUGCAGGCAAACAAUUGGAGGAUGGCCGCUCUCUUUCCGACUACAACAUCCAGAAGGAGUCAACUCUUCAUCUUGUACUCCGUCUCCGAGGUGGCAUGCAAAUCUUCGUCAAGACACUCACCGGCAAGACGAUCACGUUAGAAGACAAGGAGGGCAUUCCACCAGACCAACAGCGCUUGAUCUUUGCAGGCAAACAAUUGGAGGAUGGUCGCACUCUUUCCGACUACAACAUCCAAAAGGAAUCAACUCUUCACCUUGUGCUCCGUCUCCGAGGUGGUAUGCAAAUCUUCGUCAAGACGUUGACUGGCAAGACGAUCACGCUGGAAGUUGAGGCCUCGGAUACCAUCGACAACGUCAAGGCAAAGAUUCAAGAUAAGGAGGGAAUUCCACCAGACCAACAACGAUUGAUCUUUGCAGGCAAGCAAUUGGAGGAUGGUCGCACUCUUUCCGACUACAACAUCCAGAAAGAGUCGACUCUUCAUCUUGUGCUCCGACUUCGAGGUGGUAUGCAGAUCUUCGUGAAAACGUUGACCGGCAAGACGAUCACAUUGGAAGUGGAAGCCUCGGAUAGUAUCGAGAAUGUGAAAGCCAAGAUCCAGGACAAGGAGGGCAUUCCACCCGAUCAACAACGCCUCAUCUUUGCCGGAAAGCAGUUGGAAGAUGGACGUACCCUCUCGGAUUACAACAUCCAAAAGGAGUCGACUCUUCACCUCGUCCUUCGUCUCCGUGGUGGCAAC